GAUUAAACCGAUCGAGAAAUGUGCGCGGUGUUAAUUUAAUACGAUACUCACGAUUGCGAGAUUAAUGUUUAGACGGUUAAAGUGUGCAAAGUGUAUUUUUUGCAGAAAUGAAGAACAACAACAGCUCUCUGUACGCGGAAAUGCGGGGUAACGGCGCGUCGUGAUUGGUUGUCGUGCGCGUGCACUUCCGGAAACAGCCCGGGUUGCUUCCGGUCUGCGCUCAGUCAGUUUAUUAUCAUACCGUUGCUGGUGUUUGCUGAAUAGAUUUGAGGAUAACAUCUAUAAAAUGUUAUAUUUUUGUUACGUGUUUUAGGCCAUGAGGUAAGUUUUGGAGAUAAAGUGGGUGCCAUGCAAAGACGUCACAGCAGCAACACAGAGGGCAUGCCUCCAGAAAGGAACAGGAGUCAAACUCUCGGUUCUGAGAGUAGUCUCGAUGAAGGAGGGGUGUUUGACUGUUUAAAGCCAAACUCUCCUACAUCCCCUCAUCAGCAGCUCUUCUCUGGACUGGUGGGAGUCUCUGCUGGAAACGUGUCUUCGACUCCCUUCCAGGCUGCUGGGAUUGUUCUUGGCUCUCCCCCAGAUGUCUUUAUCCAGAUGGCAUCUUCAUCCAGGGAUGAAGGCUCUCAUCGGACCGAAAACCCACCUUAUCUUCCUCGGCCUCCUCAGCAUCAUCAUCAUCAUCACCAUCAUCAUCACUCCGGCCAACACCGCUCCUCUCUCCUGCAUGUGGCCACCUCUUCUGAGAGGCAUGGGAGUAGAGACGAUGGGGGAGAUGAUACCUCCACCCCUGCCCCUGCUUUCUCUGAACUUAAAUCUGUGGUCACGUGGCUACAGAGAGGAUUUCCAUUCAUCCUCAUUCUCCUCACUAAAGUCUGCUUCCAGCACAAGCUUGGGAUUGCCAUUUGCAUUGGAAUGAUCAGCACAUUUGCGUUUGCUAACUCGACCCUGAAGCACCAGGUUGCGCUGCGGGAGGAGAGGUCUGUGUUUACAACUUUCUGGAUUAUGAUCUUUCUUGCUGGCAACAUUGCUUAUCUGUACUAUACUUUCAGCCCUGAACAACUUCACAAGAGCCUUAUUUUUGCCAAGCCGAAUAUCAACAGUUUUAAUUUCUUUGACCUGAUCUGGGCUGUUGGAAUAACAGAUUUUGUGCUGAAAUAUUUCACCAUCGAGCUCAAAUGCCUGAUACUGUUUCUGCCCAAAAUGAUUCUCGCUUUCAAGUCAAGGGGAAAGUUUUAUCUGUUGAUAGAGGAGCUAAGUCAGCUUUUCAGAGCUUUGGUCCCCAUCCAGCUGUGGUACAAGUACAUCAUGGGCGAAGAUCCUUCCAGCAGUUACUUCCUCGGGGCGAUGCUGAUUAUCAUCUAUAGUCUGUGCAAGUCGUUUGAUCUUUGUGGAAGAAUAUCUGGCAUUCGAAAAGCAUGUGUUAUUCUCUGCAGCUCACAGAGUUAUGGUACGAGAGCCAGUACUCAGCAGUGCAAUGAGGCAGGGGAUGUGUGUGCAAUCUGCCAAGCCGAAUUCAAAGAGCCAGUUGCCCUGCAUUGUCAGCACGUGUUCUGUGAAGAGUGCUUAUGUCUGUGGUUCGACCGUGAGAGAACGUGCCCACUUUGUCGGUCAGCAGUGGUGGAAACGCUUCGUAACUGGAAGGAUGGGACCACAUCUGCCCACUUUCAAAUCUACUGACCAGUCAGAAAACAAAGAUGGUGUGAUCCAUUUUAAACAUGUAACCAUGCCUAAAAUAUUCCAACAUUCCCAUCAAUGUUAAAGAGAAAGUUCACCUAAAAAUAAAAAUUCUGUCAUCAUUUUUUUAUCCUCAUGUUUUUUUUUAAUCUGUAAUUUCUUUUUUUGUAAUGAACACAAAAGAAGAUAUUUUAAGAAAUGAUGGUAAGCACACAGUUGACAGUACCCAUUGACUUCCAUAGUAGGAAAACAAAUAUUAUGGAAGUACUGCGAUAAAUGAUGGUAAGCACACAGCUGCUGUAACCAUUGACUUCCAUAGUAGGAAAAUCAAAUACGAUGGAAGUAUCCUGAUAAAUGAUGAAUAUAUUUUGAUAAAUGAUGGUAAGCACACAGUUGACGGCACCCAUUGAAUUCCAUCAUAUUUGUUUUUCCUACUAUGGAAGUCAAUGGGUACAAUCAGCUGUGUGCUUACCAUCAUUUAUCAAAAUAUCUUAUUCUGUGUUUAUAAAAAAAAGACAUUCAUACAGAUUAAGAACAACGUGAGAGUGAGAAAAUGAUGACAGAAUUUUCAUUUUUGGGUGAACUAUUUCUUUAAAAAUUACAAACGCAGUUUAAAAGCAUGGUAUAUAAUUGUAUAUUCAAUUCCUGUUUAAUAAUGUGUUUUUUAUCAAGCAAUUAAAUUGAACUAACUCUGUGGUUCCCAAACUGGGGGGAGAUGGUGCCCCAGUUUUAUGACAUUUCAUAAAAUACAUACAUUUAUCAUAAAUAAUCGAACCUUAUAAUAAUAUAGUUACAAACCAACAGCAUUGUAUAACUUGCUAUGUUUUGUUUAAUUCAAAUCUUAAGGUUGAUAUUGUUUUAUGUCAUAAUUUUUUGGGGGCGGGCGCACAAAGGGAUGCAUCCUACACAAGGGGGGCCACACGCCAAAAAGUUUGAGAACCACUGAACUAAAAGAGUUGAUAGUUUUCAUUCUGUUUUAUUCUUGAAUGAGUAAUUUAAGUGUCUUAUAAAAUUUUAUAAAUAAAGAUGGCAAGAAUAUAAAAAAU